CUCGAGGCACUGCAAACACUACAACGUAAUCGAGUACAAGAAGAAGAAUAUUUCUCGGCAGAUUUCUUGAUUGCUAUAGUUUCUGCACCAGCUUCUUCUUGUCUUUCAUUUUUAUUAGAGUAUCUUCGUCGACGAAGUUGAUACUCACCCCCGCGUCGAGACCCCACUACGUAGCCACUCACUCACUGCGCGAGCUAUUCACGAACGACUGGAACACUUUUUGACUUGACUCACGAAACGGUAAAAUACCUUUUCACGGAGAUUCUGCCGCCUACAAAGUAUUGAGGGACGCAGGGGUCUUUGGAGUCAGAAACGAAGACAGGAGCUAGAAAGAGGGACCUUGCAACAAGACUUCCCAAGCUUGCAAGCAUAUCACUCGAUCCUCCAAUUUUCCUCGAGUGGCAUAUCUCAGCUCAUAUAUCUCGCCGACAUGGACGCGCAAGCGCGGCAGCGAAACGAACUUCGGGAGAUUGAACGGGAGAGCGAGAGAUUUCGAGAGAGGAGAGAGGCAGGGAAAGAUAUCACGGAAACAGAGUUGGAAGAGGAGAGAAGACGGAGGAAAUUGAUGGGUGUCCUUGGAGGCCGGAAGUUUGGGGGCUAUGAGGGGGAUCCGGUGUGGGAUGAUGUGGUGCCCAUUGAGCAGGAUGAUGGGGAGGGGGCGUUGGCGCAGAUUGCGUAUACGGGGGAGUAUGCUGAGGGUAUGUUUCUUUAUUCUUCCUUUUUGCUUGGUUGAGGAGUUUUUUGGGAGUGGGAGUGAGGAAUGAUGCUGAUGAGGGACAGCUAUGGGCUAUCUACGAGCCAUCAUGGCUUCCAAUGAACUCUCCCCCCGCGUCUUGGGCCUCACUUCCCAUAUCAUCACUCUCAACCCGGCGCAUUACACCGUCUGGCUCUACCGCGCGCGAACCCUCUUCGCCAUCGACGCGGAUGUGCACGAGGAGCUAGAGUGGGUCAACGAGAUCGCACUGGAGAACCAGAAGAACUACCAGAUCUGGCACCACCGACAACUCCUCAUCGACCACCUCUUCUCCUCCCUCGAACCAGCCCAGAUUCACGAGUUGGCGACUAAGGAACGCGACUUCAUGACGGAGAUGUUCGAUGCGGACGCGAAGAAUUAUCAUGUCUGGAGUUAUCGCCAGUACCUCGUGAGAAAAAUGGGGUUGUGGGAUGUGUCUGAGGAGAUGGAGAGUGUGGAAGCACCGUUACGGAGGGAUGUGAGGAACAACUCGGCUUGGAGUCAUCGGUUUUUCCUUGUUUUCUCGAAUCCGACAUAUGCUACGGAGGGGUGUCCUGCUACGCAGCAUGAUCCGAAAAUUCCGGAUAGUGUUAUUGAGAGGGAAUUGCAGUUUGCAAAGGCGGCUACUUUUGAGGCGCCCCAGAAUCAGAGUCCGUGGAAUUAUAUUAGGGGGGUUCUGAGGAAGGGUGGGAGGGAGUUGAGGACGCUGGAGGGGUUUGCGGGGGAGUUUGUUAUGGAAAAGGGAGGGGAGGAAGAGGUCAGGAGUAGUCAUGCUUUGGAGUUUUUGGUGGAUGUUUGGGGGGAGAAGGGGGAGUUGGAGAGGGUUGGGUGGGGAUUGGGGUUGCUUGCGGGGAAGUAUGAUCGGAUUCGAAAGGGGNGGAUGUUUGGGGGGAGAAGGGGGAGUUGGAGAGGGUUGGGUGGGGAUUGGGGUUGCUUGCGGGGAAGUAUGAUCGGAUUCGAAAGGGGUAUUGGGAGUGGAGGGGGGGUGAACUUGGGGUUGAGGGGUUUGAGAUGGGGGGUUUGA